AUGGCGCCGGGAAUCCUAGAGACCGACUACACAGGCUCAGGCGAUAAGGCGAGCCUGGCCACUCUCACCGAAGAUUGGGAUGAUACGAUUCGAUUCUACCUGAAUGGAACUAAGGUAGCGGUGGACACCAUCAACCCGGAGGUCACUCUUUUGGAAUACCUUCGUGGCAUCGGGUUGACAGGCACAAAGCUUGGAUGUGCCGAGGGAGGUUGUGGUGCUUGUACAGUGGUUGUCUCUCAUAUCAAUCCCACCACAAAACAAAUCUACCAUGCCUCUGUGAACGCCUGUAUUGCUCCACUGGUGAGCAUCGAUGGUAAACAUGUCAUCACAGUUGAGGGUAUUGGCAAUGUCAAAGAUCCCCACGCGAUUCAACAGCGAAUUGCAGUCGGAAAUGGAAGUCAAUGUGGCUUCUGUACUCCUGGAAUUGUGAUGUCUCUCUAUGCUCUGCUGCGAAACAACCCCUCACCCUCGGAGCACGACGUAGAAGAAGCGUUUGAUGGAAAUCUUUGCCGUUGCACCGGCUAUCGACCAAUUCUAGAUGCUGCCCAGAGCUUCAAUGCGAAUAACAACUGCGGCAAGGCUUCCUCGAAUGGAGGAUCAGGCUGCUGCAUGGAAAAGAACGGCUCGGGUGGUGGAUGCUGUAAGGGAUCUUCCAACGGAAAGGAGAUCGAAACUGUCGACUACAAGUUCCCUGCGCCGAACUUCAAACCCUACAGUCCAGACACAGAGUUGAUUUUCCCAGCCGCUCUGCGAAAAUACGAAUACCGACCACUGGCCUAUGGCAACAAAAAGAAGAAGUGGUAUCGCCCCGUGACUGUGCAACAACUCUUACAGAUCAAAAACGUGCACCCUGAUGCAAAGUUGAUCGGCGGAAGCACGGAGACACAGAUUGAGAUCAAAUUCAAGGCCAUGCGCUACGCGGCCUCGGUAUACCUCGGCGAUAUACCCGAAUUGCGACAGUUCACCUUGCACGACGACUACUUGGAAAUCGGUGCUAAUGUUUCUCUAACGGACCUCGAGCACAUCUGUGACCAGGCUGUUGAGAAGUAUGGAGAUGCACGGGGCCAACCCUUCAAGGCAAUCAAGAAGCAACUACUCUAUUUCGCUGGGCGACAAAUUCGAAACGUUGCUUCUCCUGCGGGUAACUUGGCUACUGCCUCGCCUAUCUCUGAUCUGAACCCAGUCCUAGUGGCUACCAAUACUAUCCUCGUGGCUAAGUCUCUGGACGGAGAGACCGAGAUCCCCAUGACUGAAUUCUUCCAAGGGUAUCGAAAGACCGCCCUAGCUCCUAAUGCAAUCAUCGCCAGUUUGCGUAUCCCAGCGGCGCAGACCCAAAAGGAGUACAUGCGAGCUUACAAGCAGUCCAAGAGGAAGGACGACGACAUUGCUAUUGUCAACUCUGCACUUCGUGUGACGUUGUCUGAUACCAACGACGUGAUCAGCGCCAACCUUGUGUUCGGUGGUAUGGCAGCCAUGACCGUAUCGGCCAAGAAUGCCGAGGCAUUUGUGGUUGGCAAGAAGUUCACAAACCCUGCAACUCUAGAGGGUGUCAUGAGUGCACUGGAGCAGGACUUCGAUCUGCCCUUUGGAGUUCCCGGUGGCAUGGCCAGUUACCGAAAGUCACUGGCGAUGGGCUUCUUCUACAGAUUCUAUUACGACGUGCUGUCGGGACUUGAUGUCCAGGCAUCAGAUCUGGAUCCCGACGUAGUGGCCGAGAUUGAGCGAGCCAUUUCAUCCGGACAAAAGGAUAACGAAUCAUCCGUCGCAUAUCAAAAGAAUAUUCUUGGCAGAGCGACGCCGCACGUUGCGGCGUUGAAGCAAUCCACCGGCGAGGCUCAAUAUACCGAUGAUAUCCCCGUGCAGAUGAACGAGCUCUUUGCGUGCAUGGUGCUCUCAACCAAGGCACACGCCAAGAUUGUUAGCGUGGACGCAUCUGCGGCGCUGGAUAUUCCCGGUGUCGCAGAGUAUGUCGAUCAUAAUGAUCUUCCCAAUCCGCAAGCGAACUGGUGGGGAGCGCCUAACGCCGAUGAGCUAUUCUUCGCUGUUGAUGAAGUCACUACGGCUGGUCAGCCGAUCGGUGUCGUUCUGGCCACUUCGGCCAAGAUCGCCGAGGAGGGCAUGAGGGCUGUCAAGGUGGUCUACGAAGACCUACCUUGUAUUUUGACCAUGGAGGAAGCCAUCGAAGCACAAUCCUUCUUCGAACACUAUCGGUAUAUCAAAUGCGGAGAUACCGAGGAGGCAUUCAAGCAAGCCGAUCAUGUCUUCACCGGAGUGUCGCGAAUGGGAGGCCAAGAGCACUUCUACCUGGAGACUCAAGCUUGCGUGGCAAUUCCAAAGCCCGAGGAUGGUGAAAUGGAGGUCUGGAGUGGUACACAGAACCCGACUGAAACACAAGCCUAUGUCGCCCAAGUAACAGGCGUAGCUGCCAACAAGGUCGUUUCGCGUGUCAAACGACUUGGUGGUGGAUUUGGCGGUAAAGAGACACGAUCAGUCCAGCUGGCUGGUAUUUGUGCUACUGCUGCGGCGAAGACAAAACGACCUGUUCGCUGUAUGCUCAAUCGUGAUGAAGAUAUCUUGACCUCCGGCCAGCGCCAUCCAUUCCUCUGUCACUGGAAGGUCGGAGUGACCAAAGAAGGCAAGAUCAUUGCACUGGAUGCAGAUGUAUUUGCCAACGGCGGCCACACCCAGGAUCUCUCGGGUGCUGUGGUGGAGCGCAGUCUGUCGCACAUCGACGGCGUGUACAAGAUCCCGAACAUGCAUGUGCGCGGCCGCAUCUGCAAGACCAACACCGUCUCCAACACGGCGUUCCGUGGAUUUGGCGGACCCCAAGGUCUGUUCUUCGCCGAGUGUUAUGUCUCGCAAAUUGCAGACCACUUGGAUAUUCCAGUCGAGGAUAUCAGAAGAAUCAACAUGUAUCAGCCUGAGGAGAAGACGCAUUUCAACCAGACUCUCAAGGAUUGGUAUGUGCCGUUGAUGUACAAACAGGUGAUUGAGGAGAGCUCCUACAACGAGCGGAAAAAGGCCGUCGAGGAAUACAAUGCGACACACAAGUGGUCUAAACGAGGAAUGGCCAUCGUGCCCACCAAAUUCGGCAUUUCCUUCACAGCUCUCUUCUUGAACCAAGCAGGAGCCUUGGUCCACAUCUAUCAUGACGGCAGUGUCCUCGUAGCACACGGUGGUGUCGAGAUGGGCCAAGGCCUACACACCAAGAUGAUCAUGAUCGCAGCCGAAGCACUCCAAGUCCCCCAGUCAAGCGUAUUCAUCUCCGAAACCGCCACAAACACAGUCGCCAACACCUCAUCAACCGCGGCAUCGGCAAGCUCCGACCUCAACGGCUACGCCAUCUUCAACGCCUGCGAACAACUCAACGAGCGUCUCCGUCCCUUCCGAGAGAAGAUGCCCAACGCAACCAUGAAAGAGCUCGCUCAUGCCGCCUACUUCGACCGCACCAAUCUCUCAGCGCAAGGAUACUACCGCACCCCGGACAUCGGCUACGUCUGGGGCGAAAACAGCGGGCAGAUGUUCUUCUACUUCACACAAGGCGUCACAGCCGCCGAAGUCCAAAUCGACACAUUGACCGGCGACUGGACGCCCCUCCGCGCCGACCUCAAGAUGGACGUAGGCCGCUCCAUCAACCCCUCAGUAGACUAUGGUCAAAUCGAAGGAGCCUACGUCCAAGGCCAAGGACUCUUCACAACAGAAGAAAGCCUCUGGCACCGCGCCUCGGGUCAAAUCUUCACCCGCGGUCCGGGCAACUACAAGAUCCCCGGAUUCCGUGAUAUUCCCCAGAUCUUCAACGUGAGUCUUCUCAAGGACGUGGAGUGGCGGAAUUUGCGCACUAUCCAGCGCUCGCGGGGUGUUGGUGAACCGCCCUUGUUUAUGGGUAGUGCGGUCUUCUUCGCUAUUCGGGAUGCUUUGAAGGCUGCGCGGAAGCAGUGGAAUGUUACUGAUGUGUUGUCUUUGGAGGCACCGGCUACGCCGGAGCGGAUUCGGAUUAGCUGUGCUGAUCCUAUUAUUGAGCGGGCUAGAGUGCAGCCUAAGGAGGGUGAGAAGAGCUUCUUUGUUGCCAUUUAA